GCACUGGGACCGUCCCGUUGCCAUGGCGGCAGCGUCUUGAGGGCGGGAGGAGGAAGGGAGCAUGGCCGCCCUGGCCCGGCUUGAGGAGAAGCUGCAGAGACUCCAGGAGGAGUAUUUCCUUACCCACAGAGCUAUAGAUGAAGAGAGAAAAACCAAUUACAAAGCUGCUGUCAGGAUCCAGCGCUGGUUUCGAGCAUGCAGAGUCCGAGCCUAUCUGAGACAUCUGAGCAAAAUGGCAAUUUUGAUACAGAAAUGGUGGAGAGGUUAUCUAAGAAGAAAACACUUCAGAGAAAUAGUGGAGAGAGCAUAUUUUAUUAAGAAGCUGGAAUUCUACAAUGAAAUGGCUGUCAGGAUCCAGAAAAUGUGGCGAGGCUAUUAUGUUCGGAAGUAUAUCCAUAACUUUUCUGCACUGAAGAGGUACCUGGAAGCGGUUUCUCUGAAUAAUGAGUUUGUCAGGAGUGAGCUUCAAGAGUAUGCAGAAAUGAAAGAAAAUGAAGAGAAAAUGAAAGACCUAGAAAAGAAAGAAGAGGAAAAGAAAUACCAAGCCCGAAAGAUGCAUUACCUCGUUAGCACUGCGCAGAUUCCAGGCAUCUACAAUUCACCACUCAGAAAAUCCCCAGAUCCCAUGGAACUCCUGCUACGGAAGUCAAAGCCACUGACCCACAGAAAGCAGAAAAUGGGGAGUUCCUUUGCUGAUGAGUUCUAUUGCUGGCCAACUUGUAAAAAACCUCCAGCUUUUGUCACUACACUGCCUCUGCUACCUGCUGACAGACAGAAACCUCAGGGGCCUUUCCGUGAUCCUGCAGAGGUGUUGAGGCAGCGCUACAAGCCUUUGGAGCCGACCCUGCGAGUGAGAGAAUCCAUGAAUUCCUCACCAGCCAAGGUCAGGGAGGCAACAGGAAGGGAGAAAUGGAGAAGUUCCAUACAUGACAAGAAAUUUCUUCCAUUUUCUUCCUAUCACAAAAAUACUGAGAAGUAUGAGCCAUCAAUUUAUAACUCAAGCAAAUACGGCCGAGAAGCUUAUGGAACGAAAUAUUUCAGAGAAGUAUAUCCUAAGAAGUGGAUAGCAGAUAAAGACUUUGAAACACUGUUUUCAUCGAUUGUUCUCUUUGAAAAGUUUGGAAAAACUUACUCCAGCACUGGGCAAAUAGCAUAGUUUGGAAACUACAAACCAUAAGACACAUGAAUAGUAAUCAAUAAAUGUAUUUCAGCAAAUACACAGAAGCAUGUUGACUAAAUGUCCCAUAAAAUACUCUUUUGUGAUGUAUAUUGUGUCUGAAGUAAUUGUAAUUGAUUUUGCUUCAACUUUAGGCCAUAUGGCAUCCAAAGUUUAUUAAAUUUUUUUUUAAAAAAAGUAUUAUCUUAAGGAAAUAAUUUCUGAAAAUACUGUAGUUUAUUUAGUAUAAACAAUGUAGGAUACAAAACCAGAUGGGUUUUAUAUCAAAUAAAAUACUCAGUAUCACAUUUAUUUAUUACUCAUUUAUAAGUGGGGUUAACACUAAAAAAGGAAAAAAGUGUAACAUUUAUAUCUCUUUUUUUCCUGCACAGCUAUAAAUGUAACUGGUUCAUCACUGUUGGAUUAGUGUUGUUAAGUAUCCUUCACUGAUCCAUGACUUCAGAAGUGCAGGAAAGAUGUUUACAUGGAAGAUAAGAUACUAUUUUAAAUCCUGUUAGCAUUUCUGUGGGUGAAAGAACUUCAGUUUUGAAAAAAAAUAUAAGUCUGAAAACACAUAUACCUGAUUACUAGGUCAGUUUUUCUAUUUCCAUUUAAUUUUCUCUGUCAGUACCUGUGGAUUCACUCUUAUCCUGUAUGCUGUAAGUACAAAAUCAUGUGAUUCACAAAACUGAUGCUUGUUUCCUCUGUUCAUUAACAAGCAGUCCUGCAAAAUAUUGAGUAUCCUCAGAGCCCAUUCACUUCAAAAGACUCAAAGAAUUCAGCAUCAUGGGAAGAUCUCAGCAUAUCUAAAGAUCAAAUUGUAAGCUGGUUCUUAAAAUGGAGUGAGUGAAUUCUUACACAAACAUUAUGCUGAAUUUUCUAUGAUACCAUAUUUACUUUUCAUAUAAUUUGACUGUGUUUGAAUCAAAUAUAUCUGUUUAUGUGUUAUUCAAUUGCAGACUUCUUUCAUACUAGCUUUUUUUAAUGUGAUUCUUCUGGCCCCUAUAAAUGUGAAGAAAACCUCGAUGUCUGUUUGUAUGAAUAUUUUCUGAUCCUGGUCUAGUGUGGAAGAUGUGGAAGAUGUGCCUGCUCAUGGCACAGACCUUGGAUCUGGAUGAGGUCCUGUGCAACCCCAGCCAUUCUCUGAUUCCAUAAACUAGGAGUCACAAAUUUCCCUUCUAUAAGUUUUUGUCUGUCAGGCUAUGAGAAAAAAUUUUACUGCUACCACAUACCUGAGUAAAAGGCCUUCCAAUUCCAUUAUAGCAGGUUGCAAGAGCAGACACUGUGCUGUACUGCUAUUACUUUUUGGAGUUUGUUAUUUUCAAGCUUUAAAAAGUUUAUUUCUCUUGUGAGAAAUUAAGUCUGGGAAGCGGGAAGCAGCCACCCCAGUGGCUGAGUUUCCCAGAUAAGAUUUAAUCUGAUCCAAUGUUUCAGAGUGCUUUAGUUCUUCCUGGAAGGGAUUGAACAUGAGACACUUGUGCAAAACUGUUGAUGAAUAAAGAUGGGACAGUAAUUUUUAUAUGUGAGAGCUAUCUAUUUGAUUGCUUCAGCUUUAAGGUAGUUCAUCACAGUAAUUCACCCUGUGGUGCCUCUUUAACUUCAUACCACAGUUUCCCAUCAGUCCGAUUAGAAAUGGCAAUGCCUUUAUCAGAUUAAUUUUUCUUUCUCUUUCUUCCUUUCAGUAUCUCUGACCCCAGGACAAAGCAAAGCCUCCCACACAGCCUGCACUGCAGAAUGGUAGUGCUCAUGGCUGAGGGGACAGAGCACAGAGGAAAGUUAAACCCAACACUUCUAUUUGGAAUUGUUUGAUACACACACACACCUUUCCUCCUCUUACCAAGAAAACCCUAAAACUUUUCUGUUUCUAAGCAGAUAACCAGAAAUGUUCUUGCACAAAACCAGGUCUGUUUACUUUAUAAGAUAAAUAAACAUCCACAAAACUAAUAAAGUAGUAAACAUAUUACCUGUGAGGUUUGGAUUUUGGACAUAUUUUUCAAAAUGCAUUUCACAGGGAAUCCAGUAUUCUUUAUCUGGAGUUCAAACAGAAUUUAUGUCAUUCAUGGGCAUAUAGCAUCCAAACUACUUUGUGUGGCCACAUUACAAUCCCAGAAUCCUUUUAUUUCUCAUUAAAUACAUUCAGAACUUACUCAUUUACAUUUACACAAACAUUUGAUAAUUAUUCUAGAGGGACCAUUUUCUUCUGCUGUCUUGCUUAAAUCAAAAUGUUGGCAUGUGGCAAAUUUAUAGUUUUAACUGUAAAUUAAAGCCAGUUAAAGCUAAAAUUUUGAUAUUUCUAUUCACUGCAUUAAUGUAAUCAAGACAGGAAGAAUUUUGAUGAUAUCACUGUGUAACCAACUGUCAGUGUAAAUACUGAUUGUGUAAGUGCUUUUACUUUACUCUUGUAUAACUUUCUUCCUGAUAUAGUUCACCUUUCUGUUUUAAUUAUCAAAUUGCUUAAUCUAAUGUAUUUGACUAUUAUAUUUUUAACAUUUUGUAUACUCUGGGUUUUCCUUAUUAAUAAAGUUGUUACUGUGUGCUUC